AAAGGAAAAAGGCCAAAGAGCACGAGUCAAGAGCCGCUCCCUCGUGACUGCGGCUCAUCCACUCCUUCCACGACCUCCUACAUCCACGGCGAGGCUGGCGUCCAACUGCGCCGGAAUGUCGAGAAUAUGCCGGCAACCCGACGGCUCUUCCCCUGGACCAGUGUCAUCGCUGUUUCUGAACGAGUGGAGGAGGAGAACCAGGGCGGCCGCCGCAUUGAGGGAGCCGUCUGUGGGGACCGACAGCGUCGACGAUGAGCUCCGGCGUGCCUCCUUGAUGCAGAAGGACGACGCCGCCACGCGAAGGCGCGUCCGCGAGGCAUUCAAGGACGCCCAGCUCUCCAUUGAUCACUGCCUCCUCAAGACAACUUAUCCAGGUGUACGUGUGGAGGAGAUGUAUGAAACAAACUCCAGAGGAGCAGAAAUUUUUUCAAAGUAUUGGAUCCCUCAGUUAUCUCCAUUGAAAGCAAUGAUAUUCUUUUGCCAUGGAUAUGGGGACACUUGCACAUUUUUCUUUGAAGGAGCUGCGAGAAAGUUAGCUUCUUCUGGUUAUGGUGUAUUUGCAGUGGAUUACCCAGGAUUUGGUCUUUCAGAUGGCCUUCAUGGAUAUAUUCCUAACUUUGACAUACUUGUUGAUGAUGUCAUUGAACAAUUUUCCAAAGUCAAAGAGAAUCCAGAGUACCGCAACCUUCCAUGUUUUUUGCUUGGGCAGUCUAUGGGCGGUGCUGUUGCAUUGAAGAUACAUUUGAAGCAGCCCCAAGCUUGGAAUGGUGCUAUUCUUAUUGCUCCAAUGUGCAAAAUUGCAGAUGACAUGGUUCCUCAUUGGUUGAUCAAGCAACUGCUUAUUGGAAUAGCCAACUUCUUGCCAAAGCAAAAGUUAGUACCCACAAAAGAUUUAGCAGAUAUGGCGUUUAAGGAAAAAAAGAAAAAGAACUUGGUAAUCUAUAAUGUUAUUUCGUACAAAGACAAACCCCGUCUUCGAACUGCUGUUGAGCUGCUCAGGGCUACCCAGGAGAUUGAGGAUCAUCUGCAAGAAGUUUCAUUGCCCCUCUUGAUAUUGCACGGAGAAGCAGAUGUUGUCACAGAUCCCUCUGUGAGCAAAGCUUUAUAUGAGAAGGCAGUUACCAAAGACAAGAAGCUUAACCUCUAUGAGGGGGCAUAUCAUGCGAUACUAGAAGGUGAAUCAGAUGAGUCUAUAUUCCAUGUGCUAGAGGAUAUCGUUUCUUGGCUUGAUCAACACUGUCUUAAAUAGUUUGAAGGGGCUGAUCCAAUGCACCGGAUUUGUUCUCCUCAUCUGCUUAUUUACUUGUACAUGUGAAAAUAUUAUUUGUCUCUUGUAGACUCAGAUUCUUGUGUAUCUGCAAGCUCAAAUAUUUAUUGUCAGAGCAGGUCUCUUGCAAGUGAAGGUACACGUGCCCAUGUUGGCACAUAUACAUGAAUUCUUUGUCAUGUAAUGAAUGUACAUUCGAUAAUAGUAAUAAAUAAAUUUUUACAUUA